UUCAUAAAAGAUUAAGCUAAAUCCGCAACAGCAGAUCCCCAAUUCUAAACAUUGAAACCCAAACCCACACUCCUCCGCCCCUUCCCCUCCGCCUCCGCCUCCGCCUCCGCUUAACUCUCAAACAAUCGCUACGCUCGUGUGACUCUUCUCCGUUUCUGUCAUCGACUUCUCUUACUUACAUCAUCAUACACGCCAUCUCGGUUCGGUUUUGAACAAUUUCUUCUUCCGCGAUUUCACCUUCUCUAAUCGUCGGCUUCGAAGCAAAACCGCAACCCUAAUCUCGAUUGCUCACAGCUUUGUCUCAUCGGAAUCGACUUGAAUUUGGUCGGUAUGUGCAAUAGCCACCCACAGUGGAAAUUCAGAUGAAUUGCUUUACAUGUAUACAAUCUCCCUAAGAUCCUUAUAACUACAUUGGCUAUUUAAUCCCUACCUUCUAGCUAUAUUUUGUUGUGAUAUGAUAUAUGCCUGCUCACCCACCUUGACCUAUUUGUAACCGAGGCUAAAAGAGAUGUAUCUGGAAGUAUUUAAAUGGAGAUUUAUCUGAAAGAGUGUAUUUUAGGGACGCUCUUUAGGGGGGAAAGCCAAAGGAUGAAAAUUGUUUUUCCGUCGUGGCAUAGCUCAUGUUUUUCCAAUGUUUACAGGAAAGGUCCCAUUCAUCUUGCAUCUGCAACUUUCCGACAAUUAGAUAGACAUUUGCAGGAAAAGGGUGAUUCGUCAGAGCAAUGGACCCUGGACGCUAUGGUCUUCAUCAAGGAUGGGAAAAUAACAGCUAUCUAUUCCUUAAAGAGCAUGAGAGAAGCCAUGGGACAGUGAGGAUGUGGAAUCGUUUGCCUACGUUUACCAUGAUUAUUACUUGCUGACACAACUUAUUCUCUUGAAUCCACAGGCUUUGGAGGGGUAUGGUGCUGCUCAUGAUACAAAUUUUCGGGAUGAUGGAUCUUAUGAUGAUAGGAGGUUUAUAGAUGAAAGGUUCUCUAGGGAUAAUAUCUACCCAAGGGGUGCCUUUCAUCGAGAUGUUCUGGAGAGGGAUAAUUAUCCUCCACCGCCAUCAUCAGUUGGGAUGUGGCCUCAAACGAGGAGGAGAAGCUAUGAGGAAGAGUAUUCUUUGGAUAGGGGUAUUAGAAGGCAUGAAAAGCCGCCUUCUAGAUAUGGCGGCCGUGAUCGGGAGGAUUAUGGCUAUGAUGAUUAUGACUACAGAUCUCGUGCUUCCCAUCAAAGCAAGGAGGACAGCCGUGACAGGGAUUAUGAUCACGGAAGACACAGUUAUGAUUCUGAUUAUGAGAGGAGUGGUAGAAGAGAUGGUAACUGGAGAAGACGUGAAUCUCGGGAUCGAGAAUGGGACAAGAGAGGUGUGAGUCGUGAAAGGGAUGAAAGCCCUUAUAGAAGGCAUGAGCAUUCCCCUUCUCGUUCUCGAUCUCGUUCUCGUGGUCGUGAUGAUCGGGCUAGGUCAAAGUCUCCUCGAGGCCGCAGUCAUGGUCGAAGUUAUAGGGAAGACAGCUAUGAGGACAGUCGUUAUGAAAGAGGUGACAGGAGAAGGGAUCGUGAAGAUAGGCGUCAGAAUAAUCAUUCUGUUGCGCCUUCUGCCACUGUUGUGGUGAAGGGUCUUUCUCAAAAGACAACCGAAGAAGAUUUGUAUCAGAUUCUUGCGGAGUGGGGACCCCUUCGUCAUGUUAGAGUUAUUAAAGAGCGAAACUCUGGCGUCUCUCGUGGAUUUGCUUUUAUUGAUUUCCCUUCUGUGGAUUCAGCACAAGCAAUGAUGGAUAAGCUUGGGCAUGAAGGUCUUCUUGUUGAUGGAAGGAAGCUCUUCUUUGAGUACAGUAGUAAGCCAACUGGUGCUAAUGGAUCUCUUGGGAUGGACAGUGGAUCAAGAUCAGGCCAUGGUAGCUAUAGAAGUAUGAUGAUGCCGUCUGAUUGGAUGUGCACAAUAUGUGGCUGUGUCAAUUUUGCCCGGAGGACAUCUUGUUUUCAGUGUAAUGAACCAAGAACAGAAGAUGCUCCCCCUGCUGAUAUGGCAUCAUCAAAUUUUAAUCUGGCUGGCAAGAGAGGGGAAUCAGGCCCAACACAUGUUCUUGUUGUCCGUGGGUUGGAUGAAAAUGCUGACGAGGAAAUGCUACGCUAUGAAUUUUCUAAACAUGCCCCUAUUAAGGAUUUACGGUUAGUUAGAGACAAAUUUACGCAUGUUUCAAGAGGAUUUGCAUUUAUCCAUUUCUAUUCCGUUGAGGAUGCCACUAAAGCUCUUGAAGCAACAAACGGUACUACUUUGGAGAAGAACGGUCAGAUUCUUAGAGUUGCCUAUGCCAAAAGUAUUGUUGGGCCUGGAUCAGCUGUUUCAGGAGCUUCUCAGUCGAGCAGUCUUGCUGCAGCUGCUAUUGAAGCAGCUACAUUUGCUCAGCAGUAUGAUGCUGUUGGCUGGGCACCUAAAGAAUACAAUCCAGAGGACAACCAAUCUGGUGGAGGUCAUGGGCAGAGUGGACAUGUUGCAGGAGAAACAGAUUCUUCAGCUCCACAAUCUGGUUUUGUGUGGGACGAAGCCUCUGGUUAUUACUACGAUGCUACUUCUGGGUUCUACUACGAUGGAACUACAGGUCUAUAUUAUGAUGGGAAUAAUGGUCUCUGGUAUUCUUAUGAUCAACAAACUCAGCAGUAUAUUCCUUGUAAUGAUCAGAAUGGCAAGACAUCUGAAAAACAAAUUGAUGCUUCUAAGACAUCGGAUGCUUCUAAUAAUCGAAAAGUCAUCAUUUCUGCACCAGCUGCUACCAUAACAUCAAAUGAGAAAGCUGCUUCAUUACCAGAUGCUGUCCAGGCUGCAGCUGCUGCUGCGCUAGCAGCCGAGAAGAAAGAAAAGGAGAAACUUAAAGAGAUCAGACUUGCUUCCAAAAGUAGCAUAAUGGCUAACAAAAAGAAGAUGAAUAAUGUCUUAACCAUGUGGAAGCAAAGAAGUAAUGAAGGACAAGCACCACGAGUGGCUCUCGAGGACAAUCAGCCGUCCGCAUCAGUUGAAGAGAGAUCUAACCCAGCAUCAUCUAUGAAGAGCAAAUUAAUAAAUGAAGAACUGGUAGUAAAAGAGAAUGUUAUAGCUUCUGCAGGAUUGAUGAGUGCCUCAACUCAAUCUGCUGACAUGGAAUCCCAGAACAGGACAAAGCCCAUCAGCGCCAGUUCUAGUGGAACCUUAAAAGGAGUGAUUAGGAGUUCUGGGAUGGGUUUGGUGAAAUAUGAUUCUGUUUAUAUUGGACCAGAAGGUACACCGGCUCCGUCAUUUGGUGCAUCUUCUGCAGGAUCUUCUUCAUUGACACAUACAGAACAUUCCACACCAGUUACACCAUUUAGAACAGGCGCAUCUGCAUUAGGCGGAUAUGCACCAUCUUCUGCUACAGGAAGUGGUAAAAGAAGGUUUUCUGAGAUGCCCAUCACUACUUCUGUUACAAAAAAAGAACAGUCUCAAUCAACUUAUCGAGAUCGUGCAGCUGAAAGGAGAAGCUUGUACGGUUCAUCAUCGGCUUUUGGGGACGAUGACACAAAUGCUGGAAUCGUAGACUCAAACCGAGAUCCAGCAUAUGGACGAGGUGGUUUGGACUCUAUGCCUUUCCCUCCUGGUGUUGGUGGUGGACGAAGUAGUGGAGAUGUGAAUAUCCAGAGUUAUGAGGUGAUUACAGCAGACAAGGCCAUUGAUGAGAGCAAUGUGGGAAACCGGAUGCUCCGCAACAUGGGCUGGCAUGAAGGCUCGGGGCUGGGGAGAGAUGGGAGUGGCAUGGUAGAGCCCGUACAGGCUCAGGCCACAGAAACGAGAGCGGGACUAGGGAUCCAUCAACCGAAGAAAGUGGAUCCGAGCCUGGAGGUUCAGGCAGGAGAUAGUUACAAAGCUGUUAUUCAGAAGAAGGCGAUUGCUCGUUUUCGAGAAAUGUCAUGAUGUGUGAGUGAGAGGAUAGAGAAGCGCAAGCAAUGGUGUAGAGAUGUACAGAAUGGAGUUGUGCUACUUUGAAUUGUAGGUGAUAUUGCUGUGGUCUUAGGUUCAGAGUUACUCAUUGUAGCAUACAUACAUAUCCAGCGAUAUUAUGUCAUUGUGAUUCUGCUUGUUCCAUUUCGGAACCAUCUGUUGCCCCCCAUUGCUGUGGAAAGAAAAACACUCAUUUAAA